ACGUCAUUUGUCUGUUGUCAUGGGACAGGAGUCCUUGGUAACCAGCGUUCUCCGGUCAGGAGUUCACGGCGAGUGCCGUCAUGGGGUGGAACCACCCCUAGGCUGCAGGUUUGGAUACAGAGUCGACUCGCAUGGUGGAUUUCGAGAAGAGGCAAUGCGACUGAUGCUGUGCGUGGUCUUGACAUGUCUGGCGCUUCUCCCUCAUGGGUGCUAUGCGUCCCCCGUGGAUUACGUGGGCUGCUUGGUUCCUACAGGAUUGGAGGAUGUGAUCAUCGAGAAGGAGAUGGAGGUGGACGAGAUGUUCAAAAUAAAUAUACCAUUCACCUUCAAGAUACAAGAAUCCCCAAGCAUGACUAUUCAGAUCUGUGUCGAGCGGUGCUGGCUACACAAAUAUGAGUUUGCUGCUUUGCAGCAUGGCGAAGAGUGUUACUGUGAACACAAGAGUAAAGACCUCAGCGCCGUCACAGACCAGUUCUGUAGGAUCCGUUGCCGAGGCAACUCUCUUCAGCGCUGUGGCGGCAAGUUCGCUUUCUCUGUCUACCAAACAGGCUACGAGAAGGCGCCUCUAGCUCUGAGGACUCACUACAACUUAGCUGUAGGAUAUCUUGGCUGUUUUGAAGAGAGCAAGAGGCCAGGAGCCCACCAGUUACUCAACUUUGAGACCAGAGUGCCCACCAUCAAGCCCCUCGUGUCCGGCAGGAUGACGGCCCAGCUCUGUGCUGCCUACUGUCUGUCUGCCAACCAAGCAGUCGCAGUCCUCGAGGACGUCAAUAAAUGUAGCUGUCGACCAUUCCGGGAGGAGUGGCUCAGAGCCCCCUGCCGUGUUGCUGAUGCGCAGUGUAAUCUCCCUUGUCUAGGGGGCAGCACUACUAUUAUUACUACUACUGUUAUGCAUAACUGCGUGGGUCGCAACAACGGUCAGCGAUAUGUCACAGCCUACGACACACAGGUGUUGAGUACGAAUGGAGGAUUGCCCAAACUGCCAAUCUCUACUUUUUAUCCAGCCAGCGGAUGGCUUAACAUUCACUUUCCAGCUGGCAACGACUUUGAAGAAACGCCUCACCUGGAGGGGUACGCCUUGACCAAAGCCUUGGCCGCUGUAGAAUCUCAGCGGCACAUCCCCUCGGUGACUGUGAUUGAACCCGACAACACCGCAGUUGGCGUUGUUGAAAUUAUGGGAGAGCAGCACUCAGACUCUAAUCCUGGAAGGACAGCUUUAAUGGUGUUUGUAGUCAUCAGCUCGAUUGGGAUCAUAGCGGCAGUCUUUCUCAUCUUAACCGAAAGGUACUGGCGAGCGAGAGUUAGAAGGAAGAUAGGUCCAGCACGACGAUAUGUGCGAUGUAUAUACGGUGCACGAGGCAGUUCACCCUCCCCGCAAUGCUCACCACAAUGUCCCAAGUACCGACCCCAGCCGGACCCCUACAGCUACACACAUUCGAUUCAAAGCUGGAGGACCAAGAGAACGCAGCAACAAAGACGCGCCUUUAGUUGACAGAUUGAAGAGGAAGACAGGAGGAGAAGAAUGAAGUGUCUAGAUAACUCCAGUCAGCUGAUAGCACGUCGUUCUUUACUUCCCCUUGACUACACCCCACGCAUGAAAACAGCAACCAAACGUUCAAGAUAAUCUCGGAUGGGCACGAGAAUACCCUAGACUAGAGGACCGGACACCUUUCUCGUCACCCAGACUGAAAUGUUUUAGCUGCGCAUGCGUGGAACAAGUGUGUAUGUGUGUGUGUGUGUGCUCGUCGUUACGUCAGACGUGACAUUGCUGUCUGGUGAAGCUACAAAGAAAAAAAAACAUUUUUAUAGAAAUUUUUGCACGUCUAUAUUUACACGUGUUUUGGAAUAUUUUAUUGCAUAUUUUUGAAGAUGUUUGACAUGAUGCCUCGAUUAAAAAAUGCGCCAUUUUGA